AUGGACUCCGGUGCUCCCCAAGUUACUCCUACUGGCAACACCAGCGGCCGUCGCCGAAGCUCAGGCUUCAUGCCAGCCUUCGCCGGACUCCACGAACAGAAGCGAGGCUCUGAUGCUAGCGCCGCCCGCCGUGCGAGUAUGACAGACCAGCAGGCAAAGGGCGGCAUGUUCAGCCAGUUCUUCCACAACAACUUUGGCAAGAAUGCCAACAAGUAA